AUGGCUAACAAAAUCAGAUCAACUCCGUUCUCGGACAUGCUUGAUUCGAAAACAGAUUGUGACACUGCGGAAGCUUAUGAUGUUCAUACAAUGAUGCUACGAGUUCUGAAGCAACGGGUCCUUCUGGAUGUCUCAAUCUCGAUCUCAAUCUGCUUCCAUUUUACGAGAAGAGGAUAUCUCAACUUCAAACUUCACGGGUUCUCAUAA